AUGGCCUCACCAAUUCCCCGCGGCCUGAAGCAGGUCCUCGCCAAGUCGCCUAAUGACAUCGUUAUCCUCUCCUCCCUGCGCACUCCAGUCACCCGCGCGAAGAAAGGUGGUUUCAAGGAUGCUUACCCGGAAGAGCUGCUCGCCUCCGUCCUGCGCGCGACCCUCAAGGCCAACCCCAACCUGGACCCUGCGCUGAUUGACGAUGUAACCAUUGGCUCUGUUCUCCAGGAACUUGGUGGUGCCAAGGCAGGUCGUAUGGCCCAGAUCCACGCUGGAUUCCCUCACUCCGUGCCCUUCAACACCAUCAACCGCCAGUGCUCCUCCGGUCUGGCUGCCAUCACAGCCGUGGCCUACGGUAUCCGCUCAGGUGCUCUGAACGUCGGUGUCGGUGGUGGUAUGGAGUCCAUGACCCGCAACUACGGCUCGCGCGCUAUUCCCACUGUCCUUUGGCCCGAGCUCAAGGAGUCAUACUCCAAGGAUGCGCGGGACUGCAUCAUGCCCAUGGGACUAACCUCCGAGAACGUCGCUGAGCGGUAUGGUGUUUCCCGUGCGGAUCAGGAUGCCUUCUCAGUCGAGUCACACAAGAAGGCUUCUGCCGCGCAGAAGGCUGGCCGUUUCGAUAGCGAGAUCGUCCCUGUUACCACUAAGCACUAUGAUCCUGAGCAACCCGAGGCGCCGGGCAAGGAGGUAACCAUCACUCAGGAUGAUGGUAUUCGCCACGGCCUCACUCUCGAGAAGGUUGCUUCCCUUAAGCCCGCCUUCAAGGCCGACGGUGCCAGCACCGCUGGUAACAGCUCCCAGGUCAGCGACGGUGCCGCCGCCUCUCUGCUGAUGCGCCGUUCCACCGCCGAGGAGCUUGGUCUCUCUGGCUCCAUCAAGGCCCGCUGGGUCGCCACGGCCGUUGCCGGUUGUGCUCCUGAUGAGAUGGGUGUCGGCCCUGCCGUUGCCAUUCCCAAGCUUCUCGAGACCGUUGGUAUUCAGGUCUCUGAUGUCGGCGUCUGGGAGAUCAAUGAGGCUUUCGCCUCGCAGGCUCUGUACAGCAUCCGUAAGUGUGGCAUUGACGAGGCCAAGGUUAACCCCAACGGUGGUGCUAUUGCUAUCGGUCACCCUCUUGGUGCUACUGGUGCCCGCCAGCUGGCUGAUCUGAUCCCUGAGCUUGAGCGCAGUGGUAAGGACAUUGGUGUGGUCAGCAUGUGCAUUGGUACCGGCAUGGGUAUGGCUGGUAUGUUUGUUCGGGAGUAA